CGCGUUUCUCCUGGUCGUACAGUCGGCCCUGCAGCAUCGCAUGCACGCUUAUGACAUCGCCCAUUCCCAACUACAUAUACUUACUCUUUGUAACACCGCUUUUUGUCGCUGUACUAUACACACAUUCUUUGUGCUCGCAAACCCAGUAUGUACCAUUCGACUUGAAUCCAUCGGGUUCAGCCGGGCUUCUCUCUCUUCCCUGCGUCAUUGAUUGAAUCCAUCUGGUAUCCAUCUUCAUCUCCCGCCAACCAUGAAGUACGUUCGUCUCGGAAACAGCGGAUUGAAAGUCUCUCGUAUCAUUCUCGGAUGCAUGAGUUAUGGGUCGCGUGGAUGGCAAACCUGGGUGCUCGAGGAGGAAGAGUCGUUCAAGCAUAUCAAGGCGGCAUACGAUGCAGGAAUUAACACAUUCGAUACAGCCAACACCUACAGCAACGGUGUCUCCGAGAUCAUCUUGGGCAAAGCUAUCAAGCAGUUUAAUCUCCCGCGGGACGAGAUCGUCAUUAUGACUAAGGUGUUUUUCACCACCGGCCACACCGCCGACACGCCCGCUUUCGUGGCGGAUCCGGAUGCGAGCGGUUACGUGAACCAGCACGGUCUCAGUCGCAAGCACAUCUUCGAUUCUGUCAAGAGAAGUCUCGAACGCCUCCAGCUUGACUAUAUCGACGUUCUGCAAUGCCACCGCUUCGAUGACAACACCCCGAUUGAAGAAACGAUGCAAGCUCUGCAUGACGUCGUCCAAGCAGGAUACGUCCGGUACAUCGGGAUGUCGUCGUGCUGGGCCUGGCAGUUCCACGCGAUGCAAAAUUACGCCAUCCAGAACAAGCUGACCCCGUUCAUCUCGAUGCAAGAUCAUUACAGCAUGCUCUACCGCGAGGAAGAGCGUGAGAUGUUCCCCACCUUGAAGCACUUCAAAGUUGGCUGCAUUCCGUGGUCACCCCUGGCUCGAGGACUCUUGACUCGCCCGCUCUCAGAACAAAGCAAGCGCGGUUCGGUUGAUCGGAUGAUCAAGUCUUUCCAUAGCGAGGCCACCACUAACAUCAUCAACCGAGUCGAGGAACUUGCCAAGAAGAAGGGCAAGACUAUGGCCCAGAUCGCCCUUGCCUGGGUAUUGGCUAAAGAUGUGGUGACUGCCCCGAUCGUCGGCUCGACUUCAUUGGAUAAUCUUCACGAGCUUUUCGCUGCCACCGAGAUCGAAUUGAGCGAGGAGGAAGUCAAACAUCUCGACGAGCUCUAUCAGCCGGGAAAGAUCAUCGGCCACUCGUAAAAACUACCCAGAUUCAAUGUAUAUGUACAACAAAUGAAACAAUGUGGAUCACAGAACUGUUCUAAAACUUGGCUUUCGUUUUGCCGGCCAGGAGCUGGACGCUGGUCCUCUCGAAGAAGUUGGCUUCGUCAGGGAGAACAUUCUUCGCGCUCAUAAGUCAUACACCGCUUCCGGACGCGGCGUCUCUUACCUGCUUGUAUUCUUCCGAUUUGAAAGUGCUGAGAAUGUCAUCCAAACUCUCCGCUUCAAACUCCGAGAUCCCGUCGUAAGUAGCCACGGUAAUCCCGGCGGCGGCGAGGUUUUCGCUCAUCGCGGGAUCCACAUGGAACUGCUUGUAUUUGACCUUGCCUGUCUGGACGGCUGAGAGUGCCGCAAACAGCGGACCGUGUAUGUUCGCCCAAUGGGCAUCGAAGUCUUCAAAUGAGAUGUGCGGUAGACGCUUGACGAAGACGAGCACUCGGACAGGCAUGGAGCAAAUGGCGGCACUGAGUAUGCCAAUUCGAGUAUCGUGAUAGUAGCAAGUGCGGUCACGGUCUGCCCGAGACGACUAGGCACAGACACAAGAUGUCAAAGGAGCAGAUGGAACGGCCGUAGUGGC